AUGAAUAAACUGUCCGGAAACAAUUCGACGGUGAUGAACAGCUCCCUCAGCAAGUGGUCAGUCAACGAUGGUGGCUCCUUCCAACAUUUGGACCCUGGCGAACUGAGGGUUCUUGUGCCGGCGGUCCUGGGCAUUAUUUGCAUCUUGGGCUUGGCUUGCAAUUUGACCGCCAUGGCAAUCUUGUUGUCCAGUGCCCACAAGGGCAAACUGUCCCUCAUCAACUCGCUCAUCUUCAACCUGAUAUUUGCCGACGGCCUGGUGCUGCUCUUCAGCGUGCCCUUCCGGGCCGCCUCCUAUUCCAAGGCCAGCUGGACGCUGGGCUGGGUCGUGUGCAAGACGUCCGACUGGUUCCUCCACUCGUGCAUGGCGGCCAAGAGCUUCUCGGUGGCCAUCAUGGCCAAAGCCUGCUACCGCUAUGUGUCCAACCCGACCAAGCAGGUGAGCAUCCACCUGGGCUCCAUCCUGGUGGCACUGUUCUUCAUCUGGCUGUCGGCUUGUGUGGUCCCCAUCCCUCAGUGGCUUUUUGCCACGCUGCAACGGGGGCUCCACGGGCUCAUGUGUGUGCUGUGGGUCCCCCCUGAAGCAUGGGGGUUCAUGUCUGUGUACAUAAAGGCUUACCCGCUGGGGGUCUACUGCGCCCCCCUCAGCUUUUCCCUCAUAUACUUCUGGAAGGCUUACGGCCAAUGCCAGCGCCGCUCCAGUAAGAGUCAGAACCUGCGUACACAGAUCAGGUCCAGAAAGCUCACCUUGAUGCUCUUCAAUCUCACCGUGGCCACCGCCAUCCUCUGGCUGCCGCAGUGGGUGGUGUGGAUUUGGGAGCACCACUCGGCAGAGGGGGGGUCACAGAGCUUCGUCUCAUCCCCUCCUCUUCUCAUCGCCCUCUCGGCUCAGAUGCUUACCUUGUCGCUGUCGCUCGUCAACCCUCUCAUCGUGCUCUCCCUCUCCGAAGAGUUCCGGGAGGGCUACCGCGGGCUGUGGCGGCGCCUCACCCUGCGCAAGCAACCUCCUUCCAAACCCGGACCGCACAAACCCACCUCGCUCCAGUCGCCUUGUCCCAGACCGGAGAUGUCCGGCCAGCAGAGGGACGAGAGGAGCCUUGAAACAUUAAGCACCCAGCCGGGAAGCAGCGGAGAUGCCCAGCUCAAGCACGACGCCGCUAGAGGUGACGUCGACAAAGACGGCCUCGUCUUGCCAGACGUGGAACAGUUCUGGCACGAGAGGGAGUCCGGCUCACAUUUGGAUGAUAAUGACCCGGUGCCGUGGGAGCAUCAGGACCACCAGGAGAGAAAUUAA